AUGCUGGGUCUGUGCCUUUACGUGCCGGUGUCCAACUCGGACCCGGUGGAAGUGGAAUAUUUCGAGUCCGACAGCCUUCCGUCCGAGCUGAAGUCUCUGUUCAACAAAGUCAGCGUGUUUCUGCCUUCCCAGGAGUUCUCGACCUACCAGCGGUGGAGAGAGAAGUCUCCGAAGCGGACCGAGAGCGGCUCCGGCGAGCAUCUGGACUUCGAGGAGUUUGUUCACUAUCUGCAGGACUAUGAGAAGGACCUGAAACUGGUGGUGAAGAGUCUCGACAGAAGGAACGCAGGCGGCGUUGACCCUAAAGAGUUCAUGCAGUCCCUGCGUGACCUCGGGGUCCACAUCUCCCCGGAGCACGCCGUCAGCGCGCUGCAGAGCAUGGAUAAGAACGGGAUGAUAACCAUCAGCAGUAAAGCCUGGAGCGACGAGCGGCGGGUGGAGAAGACGGACGGCCUUCCUGAGAUCAUCCUGUACUGGAAACACUCCACGAUCUUCGACGUGGGGGAGAACCUGAUGGUGCCGGACGACUUCUCGGUGGAGGAGAAGCAGACGGGGAUGUGGUGGAGACACCUGGUGGCCGGCGGAGGCGCCGGAGCGGUGUCCAGGACCUGCACGGCGCCGCUGGACCGCCUCAAAGUCAUGAUGCAGGUUUACGGGUCUCGAACCAACAACAUGUGCAUCAUGACCGGGCUGAUGCAGAUGAUCCGGGAGGGCGGCGCCCGCUCGCUGUGGCGCGGCAACGGCGUCAACGUGCUGAAGAUCGCCCCCGAGUCUGCACUCAAGUUCAUGGCGUACGAGCAGAUCAAGCGAAUGAUCGGCAGCGACCAGGAGACCCUGUGCAUCCUGGAGCGGUUCGUGGCCGGCUCUCUGGCCGGGGUCAUCGCUCAGAGCUCCAUCUACCCCAUGGAGGUGCUGAAGACGCGGCUGGCGCUGCGGCGGACCGGUCAGUACUCCGGCAUCUCAGACUGCGCCAAGCAGAUCCUGCGGAGGGAGGGGCUGGCGGCGUUCUACAAAGGCUACGUGCCCAACAUGCUGGGCAUCAUCCCGUACGCCGGCAUCGACCUGGCCGUGUACGAGACCCUGAAGAACGGCUACCUGCAGCGCCACGGCGGCGGCGAGCCCAGCGUCCUGGUGCUGCUGGCCUGCGGCACGGCGUCCAGCACCUGCGGCCAGCUGGCCAGCUACCCCCUGGCUCUGGUCCGGACCCGGAUGCAGGCGCAGGCCGUGACGGACGGCGGCCAGCAGCAGGCCACCAUGACGGGGCUGCUGCGCCACAUCGUGCAGACCGAGGGCCCCGCCGGCCUCUACCGGGGCCUCGCCCCCAACUUCCUGAAGGUCAUCCCGGCCGUCAGCAUCAGCUACGUGGUGUACGAGCACCUGAAGAGCCAGCUGGGGGUCACCUCGCGCUGA